AUGUCAGAAAGAUUAUCAACCCAAUUAAUCCAUGCUGAUGAUUACAAAAACAGAGUCCCAGAUGUUGUAUCACCAAUUAAUGUUACUACAACUUUCAGAUUUAAUGAAGAUCCAAAUAAACUAGUUGCUGUAGCAGAUUUACCAAAAGAUUAUGAUCCAGAAGGUGAUUAUAUUUAUUCAAGAGAAACUCAUCCAAAUUGUGAAAAAGUUGAAGCUAUUUUCGAUAAAAUCCUUGGUGGGUAUAGUGUUGUUUAUUCUUCAGGUUUGGGAGCUUUUAAUGGAUUAAUUACACAUUUUAAUCCAAAGCAAGUUGCUUUUGGUACUUGUUAUCAUGGUGUUCAUGCAAUUUUAGAUAUUCAAACAAGAAAUCAUGGAUUAAAACAAUUAUCAUUAAGUGAUGAAGAUUUAGAUAAAUUACAACCAGGUGACCUGGUUCAUAUUGAAACACCUGUUAAUCCUUUAGGAAUUUCUUAUGAUUUAAAAUAUUAUGCUGAAAAGGCUCAUUCAAAAGGUGCGUUAUUAUCAGUUGAUGCAACAUUUGCUCCACCACCUUUACAAGAUCCUUUUAAAUUUGGUGCUGAUAUUAUUAUGCAUUCUGCUACGAAAUAUUUUGGUGGUCAUUCUGAUUUAUUAGCUGGUGUUUUAGUUGUUAAAACAAAAGAAAUCAAGAGAGCAUUAUUUGAUGAUCGAAUUAAUUUAGGUUCAAUUAUUGGGAAUUUAGAAAGUUAUUUAUUAUUAAGAUCACUUAGAUCAUAUGAUUUAAGAAUCUUGAAACAAUCUUCAAAUGUUUUAAAAGUUGUUACAUUUUUGAAUGAAAAUAAACAUAGAUUUAAAUCUCUAACCAAGAUCCAUCAUUCAUCAUUACAAACAGAACCUUAUGUUAAGGAACAAUUACCAAAUGGAUAUGGACCAGUAUUUGCUAUAAACUUGGAUAAUGAAAUAACUGCUAAAACAUUCCCAUCAAAAUUAAAAUAUUUCCAACAUGCUACUUCAUUAGGUGGUGUUGAAUCAUUAGUUGAAUGGAGAGCUCUUAGUGAUGAACAUGUUGAAAAAACUUUAUUAAGAUUUUCUAUUGGUACUGAAGAUCCACAAGAUUUGAUUGAAGAUUUAGAUCAAGCGUUAUCUUCAUUAUAG